CUCUGUUGGAUGGAAACAAUUUUCUUUCUUUACUCAAAGCCCUAACUUUCAUUUCAUUUUCAUUCUUGAAAAUGAAAACAAAGAGAAAUGCUUUGUCUUGGUUCUUCACUAACCUGAGUUGGAGGAGAGUAAGAACAGCAAGCUCUACUCCCAUUUCGCCCAAUUUUGCGGCGGAAACAGAGGCAGGUACGGUUUCUUCAAAUCAUAAUAACUCAGUUUCUUCGAAUCAAUCCAAAUUCAAAAAAAGCUCUAAUGAUUUAGACGAUGCCCUAAAGUUAUUCCGUCAAAUGGCUCAUACCAGGCCCUUGCCCUCUGUUAUUCAGUUCAACAAACUGCUUUGUAGAAUUCUGAAAUUGAAGCAUUAUUCCGUAGUUGUUUCCCUCUUUCAAGAAAUGCGCAUUAAGGGCAUCCCCAUCGAUGUGUAUACCAUUAGCAUUCUGAUGGAUGUGUACUGUCGCUCAAGUCGAGUAGAUUGCGGGUUUUGUGUACUUGGUGUGGUCUUCAAGUGUGGAUUUGAGUUUGGUGUGGUCACAUUCAACACUCUGAUUAAUGGCCUCGUUCUGGAUAAUAACAUUGCGGAGGCUGUAGGGCUAUUCAAGAAGUUGGUGAGGGAAAAUGUGUGCAAAGUUGAUCAAAUUACUUAUGGUAUUCUUGUAAAUGGGCUUUGCAAGGCAGGUCAUACACAAAUUGCUCUUGAUUUACUUGUAGUAAUGCAAAAGGAGGGACCUAAGCCUAAUACUAUAUCCUAUAACACUGUAAUUGCUUCUCUAUGCAAAGACAGAAUGGUUGAUCAGGCUCUUGGCCUUCUCUCUGAGAUGAUUGAGGGAGGAGUUCCCCCGAAUAUCAUCACAUACACUUCUCUGAUUCAAGGCCUUUGCAAUUUUAGCCGAUGGAAAGGGGUUACCAAGUUAAUGAAUGAGAUGGUUCUACAUAAUGUAUAUCCAAAUGUGUAUGUUUUCAAUGUAUUAAUGGAUGCCCUCUGUAAGGAGGGGAAGUUGGAAAGUGCAGAAACUAUUAUUCAGAUCAUGAUUCAAAGGAAGAUUUAUCCUGAUGUCAUCACAUACAACACUCUUAUUGAGGGGUACUGUUUGCAAGGACGGAUGGAUGAAGCGAGGAAAGCUUUUGGUCGGGUGGUAGAAAGUGGCCUUCAACCUAAUGUUAGAACCUAUAGCAUAUUAAUUAAUGGAUACUUUAAAAUAAGAGAAAUGGAUGAGGCCAUGCAUCUGUUUUGUGAAAUUCCUCAAAAAGGGUUUCAUCCUGAUGUUAUUACUUAUACCACAAUGUUGAAGGGGUUAUUUCUGGUGGGUAGAAGUUCUGCUGCACGCGAUGUAUUCAAUGACCUCAUCUCUACAGGGCAACACCUAGAUGUGGUUACAUACAAUGUAAUGAUAUAUGGGCUUUGUCGAGAAGGAUUUUUAGAUGAAGCCUUAGAGUUGUUAAGGAAAAUGGAGAAGAAUGACUGCUUACCAGAUACUGUGACUUAUAAUGCUAUUUUGCAAGAAUUUGUUAGACAGGAAAAAUGUCACGAGGCAAAUCUACUUUUGGGUGAAAUGGUUGGUAAGGGUAUUUCUCCAAAUGAGCACACAUUGGUCUUCAUAAACGACUUACUUGCACUUAACAGUGGAGAUGAGACAGUACUAAAGGUGAUGCAGAAAUUUGCAGCAAAUUGUGUAAAGUAACUACAUAUUUGGAAUGUUUUAGCUUCUCUGCUUGUUCAUGGAUUGCUACUUUUGGAGGAAUGUUUUCAGAGAUUUCACUCCCAGUUCAUUUAGCACUGUACCUCAUAGAUUCCACAAGUUUGGGUCUCAGCAUCUAUGCUUUUAACAACAUAAUAGUUCUUGAUGUUAAAAGAGUAUGAUGAAGUAAAAAAUAAUUUAAUUACAUGAGAAGGAAGAGGUGCUCUGCAGAUAAGGAGCUUUGGUGCAUCUUUGCUGAUUUGAUGUAGGGAGCUCUGUUAUGUAAAAAUUUAGAAGUGUCUCAUAGACUAGCUAAAGGCAGAGGGACAUAAUGUUUCUUGGAACCCCAGUGGGGUUAUUUGGACAAACAUUUUCUUAUUAUAUUUGUGCAGCUAAGUCACCGUGAUUGAUGGACUGUUUCAUCGAAGUCACUUUUGCGAAGACCAAUAGCCGGCUCCCAACUUCCAAGUGCCAUUUUGUCCCUUAGAAAAGCGAUUGUCAGACAGUUGGUCAUGUAUUGAAGCAGCUACUUUCAAAGUUCGAGGAGAGAACUAUUUUCGAUAAGCAAUUGCACCCAUCUUAUUAAUGCAUAAAAAGAUGGAUUUUGCUCCAAAAAACGCAGCAUAUUACCCCUUUGGUGAUGAUGUAUUUUUAUAUCUCAGCUUGUGGAACUUCUGGGAGGCUUCCACCUAUAAUUGACGUGAAUCUUAAGGAAGGGAUUUCUUAGAUAGGCUAAAGCUUUGCAUCUUGGAUUUUGGGCUCACAAUUCAGACAAGCUUUUAUGUUCAUUCUUUGCAAUUGAAACCAAUGCUUCUGCCAUUCUUGCUGAUCAAAGCUUCUGCUGUUGUGAAUGAAAUGAAGCAGGGUAACAAGUCUGAAGAAUUGCCAGAGCAGAUGUUAUGUUCUGUGAGACAAUGAAAUUGAUUACUGAAAUUAUUAGUAGCUAUGUGGUCUAUUAGUCUACUCUUCAGCCCAACUAGAAUCUGCGUAGUUCUAGGUCUCGGUUGUCAUGUUUUCUGAAGUGCAACCCAAGACCUGGUGUCAUUUUGAGGUACCUUGGAAUACGAUAAACAACUUUCAAGUGACAUUCAAUGUAUGAUAAACUCUUUUUAUGGCUGGGGAGUAACAUUUGUACCCCUUUUGAGUACUAGAAUACCCACCUAGUGAAGAUGCACUUAUGA